AUGGAGGAGUUGGCCAGAGAGAGCAUCAGCCUGUUGGCUUCAGCCUCAGCCAAGCCCCCGCUAGAUGUGGCCGAGCCUCGUCUUGGCUCCAUGGGGGCCAUAUUCAUCAUGCUUAAAUCCGCACUGGGCGCCGGCCUUCUCAACUUUCCCUGGGCCUUCGAAAGAGCCGGGGGCAUCCACAGCGCCGUCACCGUGGAGCUGAUCUCCCUUGUGUUCCUGGUCAGUGGUCUGAUCAUCCUGGGCUACUCCUCGUCCAUCAGUGGCCAGUGUACCUACCAAGCGGUGGUGAAGGAGGUGUGCGGACCGGCCAUUGGUCAGCUGUGUGAGAUCUGCUUUGUCUUCAACCUUUUCAUGAUCUCUGUGGCUUUUCUAGUCAUAGUGGAUGACCAGCUGGAGAAGCUGUGCGGCUCCUUGUACGAGGUUGUAACUGGUUUGCCAGAGUCGGAGAUGCCGUACCACUUCUACACAGACCAGCGCUUUGGCCUUGUGCUGCUCUGUGUCCUCCUCAUCCUGCCUCUAUCCAUCCCCAAAGAGAUCAGCAUCCAAAAAUACAUCAGCGUUCUGGGCACUCUGGCAGCAACCUACCUGACCAUAGCCAUCAUCAUCAAAUACCACACCAUGCCUGCCGUUAUGGUUCACAUCACCCCUCUCUACAGCAGUGGGAUCAGCUCGUGGGCCUCUAUGUUCAGUGUCAUCCCAACCAUCUGCUUUGGUUUCCAAUGCCACGAGGCGUCCAUCGCCAUCUACAGCAGCAUGGAGAACCAGCGGCUCUCUCACUGGGUCUUCAUCUCUGUGGUCUCCAUGAUCUUCUGCCUCGUCAUCUACUCUCUCACAGGGGUUUAUGGGUACAUGACAUUUGGAAAGGACGUGAAGGCCGACAUUUUGAUGUCAUACACGGGCGAUGACAUUCUGAUGCUCAUCGCCAGGCUGCUGUUUGGAAUCUCCAUCAUCACCAUCUAUCCCAUCAUCCUGCUGCUGGGCAGAUCAGUGAUCCAGGACCCCCUGCUGAGCUGGCGGCGGCAGCACCACGGUGCGGCGACGGCGGAGUUUGAAAGCCGCAGCCGGUACAUACUGACCGGCCUGUGGAUAACGAUAACACUUCUCAUCGCCAUGUUUGUACCAGAUAUCAGUAAGGUCAUCAGUGUCAUCGGAGGGAUCAGUGCCUUUUUCAUCUUCAUCUUCCCAGGACUCUGCUUGAUGUUUGCCAUGCAGUCUGAGCCAGUGUCCUGCAAGACCAGAGUUGUCCUCACAGUUUGGGGAGUGAUCACCCUGCUCUGUGGCGCCUUCAUCUUUGGCCAGAGCACCACCAUCGCUGUCAUGCAGCUCCUAGGAAGGAUCUAA